AUGAGUGUGGACGCGGGCUGUAGAAUAGCCUUAUCUAUAGCUCGAGCUGUUCUCUAUCCCUUCUCAUAUUGCCACCCUCCGGUUCCCAUAUUUGACACGGCUCAUAGUGUCGUCCAAGCCUUCUUACUGGCUCAACGGAGAAAAACCUUGCGUCUAUAUAAGAGGGUAGACCCCGGCUUCCUACGGUUUUUCAUCUCUUGUUCUGACAUUUGCUUCCCCGAACGAACCACCUCCCAUCACCAUCCCGCUUGGUUCAAGAUGUCGGAAGUUCAAACGAGUCACGAUAAACCCCCGGUGUAUGAUACCAAGGAUGUCGAGGGGUCGCCUCACAGUGAUGUUGAGACGGCGGAGGGCCAGAUCAACCCUCUGAAGAGAAAUCUUCAGAAUCGUCACAUGCAAAUGAUCGCCAUUGGUGGCGCUAUUGGCGCUGGUUUCUUUGUCAGUACUGGAGGUGCGUUGCGUACUGGUGGUCCUGGUGCUUUGCUCCUUUGCUACGUCACCGUCGGGAUUAUGCUUCUGCAAACCAUGUGGGCGCUUGGAGAAUUGGCUGUCAUGUAUCCAGUUAACGGCGCCUACUACGAUUACAGUCUCCGUUUCAUCGACCCGUCGUGGGGAUUCGCCAUGGGAUGGGACUAUGCUAUCAAUUGGCUUGUGAUUCUGCCUUUCGAACUCACUGCUGCUGGUAUUACCAUUAGAUACUGGCGUGAGGAUCUAAAUGUCGGCAUCUGGAUUGCGGUUUUCCUAGUGAUUCUAUCUGCUAUUCAGAUCUUUGGCGUGCGUGGAUAUGGAGAAGUGGAAUUCGUCCUCAGUAUCAUAAAAAUCACCGCCGUGAUCGGAUUUAUCAUUCUCGGAAUCGUCAUUGAUUGCGGCGGUGCUCCCGUGGGCGGCUACAUCGGCGGACGUUACUGGUACGAUCCUGGCGCUUUCACCGACUUUGUUGGCUUCUGCUCUGUGUUUACCACCGCUGCCUUUGCCUUCGGAGGUACAGAGAUGUCUGGUCUUGCUGCUGCCGAAACCGCCAACCCUGCAAAGUCAAUCCCCAAGGCCUGCAAACAGGUGUUCUGGCGAAUUACAGUUUUCUACGUUGUUGGCACUCUCAUUGUCGGACUGAUUGUCCCUCACAAUGCUGACUACCUCAUGAACGCAAGUGGCGCUAACACUUCCUUCUCACCAUUUGUUGUUUCAAUUAAGAAUGCUGGUAUUAAUGGUUUGCCGUCGGUGAUGAAUGCUGUCAUCACCAUCUCCGUCAUCAGUGUUGCCAACUCAGCUACAUUUGGUUCCACGCGUACCAUCCAAGCCAUGGCAGAGAAGGGAAUGGCCCCUAAGUUCUUCAGCUAUGUCGACAAGCAUGGUCGUCCCAUCUGGUGUAUCGUUCUCCAGAUUGCGUUUGGUUUCCUUGCUUUCAUCAACGAAGCCUCCAACACUGGUGGCCAGAUUUUCACCUGGCUCCUGGCAUUGUCUGGUAUCUCCAACUUCUUUGUUUGGGGUUCCGUCUGUCUUGCACACAUUCGUUUCCGUGCUGCCUGGAAGCACAACGGUCGCAGCAUCGAUGAAUUAGCAUACGUUGCCCCAUGGGGUGUUUAUGGUAGCUACCUGGGUCUCGGACUAAAUAUUCUAUGUUUGAUUGCCGAGUUCUAUGUCUCCGUUCAGCCAUUAGAUGCCCAGACAUUCUUCGAGAACUAUCUUGCUGCGCCAAUUGUGCUCGCUCUCUAUCUAGGCUGGAAGAUCUACCAGUACUUCACUAAGAGCCCCAACGUUGAAAAGCGUGGCUGGAAGAUGUGGAGAUCUGUUGACGAGAUUGACAUAUUCACUGGAAUCCGUGACACAGCCCUAGAUGUUGACCUCGAGCCUCGUGUCAAGUACGAAACCUGGGGCGCAUGGGCCAAGUCCUUGCCAAUGAGAUUGCUUCGCUCAAUCGUUUAG